GCUUCAAUGACUACAAAUACUGACUUAUUUUAAUUUCUAUAUUAUGCGAAAAUUGUCAUUUAUUCCUCACCUAGUGGGAGAAGACUUUGCUGUUGUUGUGAAAAUUGUCAUUUAUUAAUUGAUCCAUGUUAGCAUGCAUUGACAGUGAAGGUCCAGUUUGCUGAUAUGCAUUUUUGGGGUAACUAUGUAAUAUGAUGUUCUUUUCAUGUUCCAGACAUUUUUCUUUUCUUGAUUCCAGAAAUCAUGGUCAAUACUGCUAAAAGAAACUUUUUUGUUUACUUGAAGUUUUCCAGAAAUGCUAAAGCAGUCAAAUUUGCAGUUAAUCUAGUUACUAUUGCAUGUGAAUAUGUAGCAUGCCAUAAAAGCAGGAGCUCUGGUUCCUUGUCAUCCGGAAAGAAAUACUGUAGAUCUGGGUUAGCAAUGGCUCCUGGAAGCAGUGUUUUCAAAGAAGUUCUUGAAUCUCACCUGAUGUCUUCAGAUUACGAAACGGGGAAAGCUAAAUCUGAGGCCAAGAGUAACAUUACAUCCACAAAAUCUAGCGUUGGGUUGAGUGGAAAGAGUGGAAUUAGUUCAAACAAUGGGGUGUAUGAAUUACUUGGAUGCCCUGUUUGCAAGAAUUUGAUGUAUCCCCCAAUUCACCAGUGCCCAAAUGGCCAUACAUUAUGUUCCCAUUGUAAAGUUGAAGUCCAUAAUAUCUGCCCAUCCUGCCAUCAUGAUCUUGGGAAUAUAAGGUGUUUAGCUUUGGAGAAAGUGGCAGAAUCAUUGGAGCUUCCUUGCAGAUAUCAGAGUCUUGGUUGUCAUGAUAUAUUCCCGUACUAUACUAAGCUGAAGCAUGAGCAAAAUUGCGGAUUUCGUCCAUACAAUUGUCCCUAUGCUGGAUCUGAGUGCUCUGUGAUGGGUGACAUCCCUACUCUUGUUGCUCAUCUCAAGGAUGAUCACAAGGUUGACAUGCAUGAUGGAUGUACCUUCAAUCACCGAUAUGUCAAAGCAAAUCCACAUGAAGUUGAAAAUGCCACAUGGAUGCUAACUGUUUUUAAUAGUUUUGGAAGGCAUUUCUGCUUGCACUUUGAGGCGUUCCAGCUUGGCUCAGCUCCAGUGUAUAUGGCAUUUUUGCGAUUCAUGGGUGAUGACAAUGAAGCAAAGAAAUUCAGCUACAGCUUGGAGGUUGGUGCAAAUGGGCGCAAGCUUAUAUGGCAAGGAAUUCCAAGGAGCAUUCGGGACAGUCAUAGAAAAGUUCGAGAUAGUCAAGAUGGGCUUAUAAUUCAGAGGAACCUAGCCCUUUAUUUUUCUGGUGGAGAAAGACAAGAGUUGAAGUUAAGAAUCACUGGUCGUAUAUGGAGAGAAGAAUGAGACAUGUAAAUAUAAUAUUAUUAGAGAUGUAACCAUUGUUUUAAGAUUUUGGUCUCUGGCAAAGAAUGAAGCACUAUGUCUGCUUAACUUAUCUCUCCAUAGAUUUGUCUUUCAUUCCGUAUACCUUGUGUCUUAGUGGUGAGGGUUACUUUCAAUUUGGCUCAGCCAUCUUUCCUUUUUGGACAAAACUAUGUGCUUCUGAAUAUUGGAAAUCAAACUUACACAGUCAAGUUUUUAUUUUUUUAUUUUUUUAA